AUGAGCAAUGCUUGAUGGGCGGGCGAUUAAGCGCCAUUAAAAAAGCGUUUUAUGGUUUGGUAAAAAUCGCGAAUAUACCAGUUGGCAAACUCUAUAAAAUCAGUUUGUGUCAGUGGUUUUGCAUUCAGUCUGCGUUCGAGGAUUACACACAAAACAACCACCAAAAACAACAAAUAUGUCUGCAAAAAAUACAAGAAAUUGCCUCUGGCUGGGCCUAGUCCUGUCGGCCACAGUUCUGCAGAUGGUUCAGGGCCAGUACUAUGGAUAUCCGUACUAUGGUGGGGGAGCGGGCGCCGGCGCUGGAUUGGGUGGCGGCUAUGGGAACAUGUAUGGUAAUGCCUAUGGCUACGGUUAUCCCAGCUACGGCGGAUAUCCCUACUACUCAUAUCCGAGCUACAAUCCCUAUUCGAUAUACGGCCAGUAUGGUCAGUACGGUCAGUCCCAGUAUGGCUAUCCCAGUUACGGCGGCUUCCCGUACGGCGGAGGCAACGGAAUGAACACGGCAUAUGCCAGCAGCAGUGGCGGCUUUGCCACAGCCAGUGCGGGGAGCGGCGGCUACUACGGCUAACCCUGGUGUGAUAUUAUUUCCCUAUUACCCUAAGCUAGUU